UUUAGUAUAAACGAUCUUUGAGAAGAGCUAGCUUAGUAGCAAACAAACAAACGGCCAGUGGAUCCGGGCUCGCUUCGGUAUGAUACCCGCGGACAGCACCAUGAGCUCCAUCGUCCAGAGAAUAGCUCGACAGGCUCUGGUGACCUUCAGGAGCCCGCCGCGGCUCGGUGAGGAGCCCAACAAAACCUUCCUGGAGAACCAGGGCAAACUGAAGAGCCUUAUGACGGAAGUGCGGGCUUCAGACCUGAACCUUGUUCCGCGGAGGUCCGAUGACGGCUCCCCGCGUGCCGCCCUCUACCACCCCGGCGCGGCCCCGGUCACCUACAUGCAUAUCUGCGAGACGGACCAGUUCAGCAUGGGGGUGUUCCUGCUGAAGAGCGGCGCCUCCAUCCCCCUCCAUGACCACCCGGGGAUGCACGGGAUGCUCAAAGUGUUGUACGGCAAGGUCCGCAUCAGCUGCUUCGACCGGCUGGAGCGGCCGGCCGGUGGCCCGCAGGCGGCGCCCGCGCUGCCCCCGGCGCAGAUGGGCGCGCUGCGGAGGUCGGUGCUGCGCUCCACGGCGGAGUACACGGAGGAGAGCGGCCCGUGCGUGCUCUCUCCCGACCGGGACAACCUCCAUCAGAUCGACGCCGUUGACGGCCCCACGGCGUUCAUGGAUAUCCUGGCCCCCCCGUACGACCAGGACGAGGGCAGAGACUGUCACUAUUUCAAGGUUCUGUCAGAAACCGAGCCGACAGGCCCGGAACAGAAGGACAAGGAGGUCUGGCUCAUGGAGAUCUCGCAGCCCUCUCAUUUCUGGUGCGGUGGGGAGCCGUACCCGGGUCCCGAGGUCAGCCUCUCCUCCAGCUGACUCCCCCGCUGCACGCAGCUUGUUGGAUCAGGAAGGCUCCUGGUGGCACCAAAGCCAGGUCGGGUUUGGGGCCUCAGAGACUCUCCGUGAAUGCAUCAUCAGCAUCCCCAAGAAGUCUGAGAUGAUGCAAAGCACACCCCCUCCAUCUGAUCUGAUCAUAGACCCCCUGUGUUUGUCCCAAUUUCUCUCAACUGACCUCUGCAGCACACGGAGGCCUUCCGGAUCUAAAAAGGAAACGACAUCACAAAAUUCCUAACUGCUAAAGAGGGUCUUUUAACCUUCAUUUUUCAGCUUUAAUCACCUGAAAUGGCUUCCAAAAGACAUUUAAAAAUGAAGGAGCUGCUUGAUUCGUUGGUUUAAUCAUUCAAGCUUUUAAUUUGAAAAGCUACAAAAAGCAGAGCCCUGCAGGAUGUGAGGAGCAGGGUGGUUAGGGUGGUUUUGCCAAGAAACGUGCCAGUGCAGGUUAAUAGUGCUGCAUUCAAGAAAGAUCAGAAGGGCUUGUUUUGCUCGUUUCCUGCUUUAUUUUUCCAUGUUAAAUUGACGGGUGGACUUUAUUUAAUCAUCUGUUUCUGCUGCUCUUUGAAAUCUGCAUGAACAGAUUUUGCAUCGGUGAAUAUCUUUGCUCUGCAGCUUCUAACCUGUCUGCUCUUUGGAGAAAGUGAUUGGCUCGGUUUUACUAGUCUCCCUGUGACGUUUCCUUCCAUCAGCUGUAGAAAUGAUAUGGCAAAUUUCUGAAAUUGUAACACUUCAAAUACCAUGUUUUAUUGAUUUUUUUUUUCCUCUGAGAAGAGCUGCAUCCUCAGGGAAGUGCCUGUGACUUGUUUAGCUGAUUUGUUUGUUUAAAAGAUGUGCACAAAAUCAGCCUUUCAGCACAAUCUUAUAGAAAUGAAGGUUCUUUUUGUCUUUGUAUAGCUAGGUUGCAAUAUUAAGCUGUCAGUGUGAUUCCAAAAUAAAGUUUAUGAAUGUG